AUGUCAUUAUACGACGAUCUUGAUACGAUAAAAGCGCGCACUACUGAAAAGGUAGCAGGCUGGUCUUCUGGUAUCAAGCUUUUACAAUCACAGUUACAGUUAAAAAAAGCUGCUGUCACUCAACCUAAACGGGAGGCAUUACGACGCUCAACACAGGUAUUAACCCCUGUGAUAGAUCUGAAAAGUAAGCAAAAAGAAGAUGAUGAAUCAAACAGUCCUAAACAACAAGAAAAAACUCUGACAGCAUCAUUAAGUGUUCGUGAUUUUGAUUGGAAUGUUGCCAAUGAAUAUGAUCCUAUGUGGCCUAAUGAUUACGAAAAAGUAGCCAAAGAAAUUCAAGCUAAAAGACUACAACUUGAUGGAGACCCCCGAAAUGACAGGUCAGAGAGAAAACGUAAGAGCAGAUUCGGUGAUGACGAGGACAUAAUUCCUGAAAAAACUCUGGUCCCUAUGCAACCCGAAGAAGAAGAAGCAGUUGAGAUAUCUAAACGUUCUGCAGGGGCUGCUAUAGCACCACCACCCUCGCUUACAGUGGAAACGCAUUCACCUCCGCCACCCCCACAAAACCUUCCAACACCUACUCCAGCAUCCACUGGCUUCUCUAUUGGUGGUUACGGUGCGAGUUCCGUUGCUGCCAAAAUUAUGGCAAAAUAUGGAUUCAAGGAAGGACAAGGCUUAGGCAAGAAGGAACAAGGCAUGUCAGUAGCACUUCAAGUAGAAAAAACUUCCAAAAGGGGUGGUCGUAUUAUUCACGAGAAAGAUGGUAAUGUGAUGCCUCCUCCUGGCUUCGCAAUGUCUGCUACAACAGCACCAGAUUCUCCUAAUGCAUCUAAUUCCCCACAACUAUCCAGACAAGAGCCUUCUAUCACUGAGAUAAUGAAAUCUCCGAGUAAAGUAGUUCUAUUAAGGAAUAUGGUGGGCCCUGGAGAUGUGGAUGAGGAAUUAGAACCUGAAGUUAAAGAUGAAUGUAACACUAAAUAUGGAGAUGUAGUCAAAGUAUUAAUUUUCGAGUUACCAAAUGCGCCAUCAGACGAGGCUGUCAGAAUAUUUGUUGAAUUCAAGCGUAUCGAGAGUGCUAUUAAAGCAGUUGUGGAUUUAAAUGGUAGAUUUUUUGGAGGGAGACAAGUCAAGGCAGGUUUCUACGAUGUCGAAAAGUUUGCUUCCCUGCAAUUGACUGAAUAG